AUGAGUUUGCUGGGGGCCUACAAGAAAAAGACCAGUUACGAUGGCUAUGAAUCUUUGCAGUUGGUCGAUAGCGGCAGGGAUAGCUUCGGCAUCGGCAGAGGGAGCAGCGGCGGCGGCGGCGGCGGCGGCAGCAGCGGCGGCACACUCGGAGGCUCCAUAGCGGCCACCCUUGGACCGAAGGCAGGCCCGCUGAGGGAGGAGGACUGCAGCACCAUGGACAGCUCAGAUAUGGAUGCCAGUUAUGGUGGAGGACUGUUGGAUAUGGUGAAGGGAGGAGCCGGGAAGUUCUUCAGCAACUUUAAGGACAACCUGAAGGACACGCUGAAGGACACCUCUACCAAGGUUAUGCAUCAGGUUGCCACGUACACCAAAGGGGAGCUGGACAUUGCCUACAUCACGUCACGGAUCAUAGUAAUGACCUAUCCAGCGGAGUCAGUACAGAUUGGGUACCAGAACCACGUGGAGGACAUCCGCUCCUUCCUCGACAGUCGCCAUGCCGACCACUACACUGUUUUCAACCUAUCACAGCGCAACUACCGCGGCGCCAAAUUCUCCAACAGGGUUUCAGAGUGUAAUUGGCCUUCUCGCCAGGCUCCCAGCCUCCACAAUCUGUUUGCUGUGUGUAAGAACAUGCACAACUGGCUCAAGCAGAAUCCCAAGAAUGUGUGUGUCAUCACUUGCUCGGAUGGUCGUGCUCCUUCGGGUGUUUUGGUCUGUGCCAUGUUCUGCUUCUGCCACCUCUUCAACAACCCAGUUCCUGCCAUGCAGCUUCUCAGCGCCAAAAGACCAGGUUCCGGCCUCUGGCCUUCGCACCGCAGGUACAUAGGUUACGUGUGUAGCAUGGUGUCAGAGAAGCCCAGUCUACCCCACUCGAAGCCCUUGGUGAUCAAGGCCCUCACCGUGAGCCCGGUCCCCUGCUUCAACAAGCAGCGUAGCGGCUGUCGGCCCUUCUGUGACGUCCUCAUCGGGGAAACAAAGAUCUUCACCACCGCGCAGGAGUAUGAGAGGAUGAGAGAACACAGGGUCCAAGAGGGGAAGGUGGUGUUCCCCCUGGGUGUAAGUGUGCAAGGAGAUGUCGUGGUUUCCGUCUACCACAUGAGGUCGACCAUUGGAGGACGUCUGCAGGCCAAGGUGUCCAACACCCAGAUCUUCCAGAUCCAGUUCCACACUGGCUUCAUUACUCCUGGAACCACCAUGUUAAAGUUUAACAAACCAGAACUCGAUGCAUGUGACUCUCCUGAGAAGUAUCCCCAGCUGUUCCACGUGAUACUGGAUGUGGAGGUAGAGGGGGUGGACAAGCAAAAAGACCUGACGCCACCGUGGGAGCAGUUCCCUUGUAAAGACCUCAGCCCCAGCGUGCUCUUCUCCUGCCACCAGGAACAUCAGGAUGCACUGGCUAUUGCUGAUGAGAUGGAGGGCUUGGAUCUGGAGGAGCCAAGCCGGCCCCACGGAGGUGCAGACGGCCGGGGCCACGGCGAAGAAAGUGAGCCCUCUGACGAUGAGAUGCUCUCUCUGUCCAGCCAGCGAAGCAACGCUAGCACGGCCCCCCAGAGACCAGACCCCCCUGCCCCAACACCUGCAGCACCUGCACCCGCUGAAGAAGUGGAUCUUCUUGGCCUGGAUGGGGAGGGGAUCAACCGCCCAUGCCCCUCAUCUCAGCCCCCGCCUACUACUGCAGCCGCCGCCACUGACCUUCUAGGGGACCUGUUUGGGGCCCCAUCUCAGCCAGCCAGUGGGCCAUCAUCCACCCAGUCCACACCACAUAAAGUAGCCCCCAACACCGCCUCGCCAUGUCCCUCUCCUGCACCACCGGGGUUUGAUCCAUUUGGGACAGGUCCAAUGCCGAAGCCUCAGGACAUGCUGGGUUCCUUACUGGGACCAGGUAACGUGGGGCAGCCAGACCCCUUCCUGCAUGCCGCUCGCUCGCCAUCACCCACCUUGCAGCCCACAGGCCUGGGCCGGAGUUCCCCCGUUCCGCCUACCACCCCAACCGUCAACAUUCAGCAGCAAAAUGCCAUGGGAGGAUGGGACUGGAACAGACCUGCUACCACGAGCACAGGAGGAGGCUUCGGUAUGGGCAGUCGGUCAGCCACUACGAGCCCCACAGGCUCAGUCCACAGCACCCCCACCCACCAAACCAAGCCAAACACCUUGGACCCGUUCGCUGAUAUAGGCAACCUGGGGGGAAGCCUUGGAGGAGGUUCCGGCUUUUCCAGCAAACCCACCACGCCCACUGGAACGACCCCUUCCUUUCCUCCCAUGGGCUCCCCAUCCCGGCCUCCUCCAUCGCCCCAGCAUGCAGGAGGGUGGCAGCCGCACGCAGGAGCCAGCUUCCCCUCCUGGCAGCCAGGUGCCGGAAGCAGUGGAGGAUGGCAGCCCCAAGGUCAGGGCCCUGCCCCGCAGCCAAAGCCCAGCCCCAGCCACACCUCCAUGCCUCACACGUCGCCCCAGAAUCGACCCAACUACAAUGUCAGCUUCUCUGCAGUGGGAGGAGGCUCGCCCAGUGCAGGGGGUAAAGCACAGGCUGUCAUGGGUUCUAAGCCCAAGGCCUCGGAUGCCAACUUUGAUGACCUGCUGUCUGGUCAAGGCUUUGCAGGGACCAAAGAGAAGAAAGGGCCCAGGACUAUAGCAGAGAUGAGGAAGGAGGAGAUGGCCAAAGAGAUGGACCCUGAGAAACUAAAGAUUCUGGACUGGAUCGAGGGGAAGGAGCGUAACAUCCGUGCCCUGCUGUCCACCAUGCAUACUGUGCUGUGGGAGGGAGAAACGCGCUGGAAGCCUGUGGGCAUGGCUGACCUGGUUACUCCGGAACAGGUCAAGAAGGUCUACCGCAAAGCAGUCCUGGUCGUCCACCCAGAUAAGGCGACAGGACAACCGUAUGAACAAUAUGCCAAGAUGAUUUUCAUGGAGCUAAAUGACGCCUGGUCAGAAUUUGAAAGCCAAGGACAAAAACCCCUCUACUGAAUAAAGAGUGAGAGGAAGUGAAUGAGGAGAGGCUACCCCUUCUGAUUCUGUCACCUAAUCCUAAAAAUGAGUCACCAUCUCUGGUAAACAUACUACAGCCACACCACAUACUACAGCCCCACCCUGCAACAUCUGCCUUUAUACCUGUGCUUUGACCUGUACCUCUAUCCUUGCUACACAAACACAGAACAGCCAGUUGAUUUGCAAAGAUGACAAAAGACUACAGAGCAACAGUCCUCAAAACCAACAGCGUAACUGAACCAGUGUUCAACCCCGUGUAGCUCUAAUGUCCCUACCUGUAUGUAUGUGGUGCAACAUUGUCCCUCCUUGUGGUGUGUCCUUUGCCCUGAACCGAACCACCAAUCAAAGCAGAGUCACCGGGACGACUAGAAAAACAGAGAAACGUUUGACUCUGAGGAGACAGAUCAAAAGAGAUGAAGGACACAUAAGAUAAGAGAAAAACACAUCAGGGAGUAAACUCGACAAGCAUUUGAUAGACUGCUCUAACUAGAGAUACGGCGUGCCAGAUAGUCUGUAAGGCACAACAAGCAUUUACCCCACAAGACAAUGUUUUGCACGGGCAAGUAGAUUUUUCUUUGUAGUUUGCAUGGAAAUUGGAUCCUUGAUCAACUCUGUCAUAUAAAAUCUAGUUUUACAUGCAAUUGGAUGUUCCUAGAGAUAGGAAAAAGAGCAGCAACAUCAGGUUACUGGAUGUUUUUCACUGACUGAAGUGAAAUCGGAACUGAAGCCAAACGUGUUUUGCAUCCAAAAAAGGGCCUUUGGAGGUACGAGUCAACAACUAUCCAUCAAAAUUCAGAAAGCGUUAUGGCAGUGAAAAGUGAAAGAAAGCAAACUGCUAAUACUGGUUAUGACAGUCAUUUUGAUUACAGGUGGGCUUCCAUCCCAAUUAGCCUUAAAUGUUUCAAAAUUCAAAAUGAAAAACUGAAUAAAAUUAAACAUGACUUAAUAUUUAUAUGACAAAUAGAACAUUAAUGUGUUGUACUGUAGGAGAGCCGCUUAAUCAUUGAUGUGUCUGAUCAAAUGAAGCCUUGUGUUUCCAUAUUUGCAGGAACUGGGGAUUGUAUAUGUUAGGAUUAGCACCUGUACGGUUUCACACAUGAAGCACCUCACGGCCUCAUGCAUAGUAACUCAUACUGUAACGUAUUUUCACAAGGAGGCUUUGUGAAAGCACAAACUGACUUCUUCUCUCAGUGCAGCUUUUCAAGGAAAGCCGUUGUUAUUUAUUUAUCAGUUAAUUUUGUUCAUCUUCAUCUUGUUGUUUUGUUGUUGUCGCGAACUGCACACGUCAUCCGGUGAUGUCUGUGAACGAAAAAGUUCCGUUUUUUUUGGGCCAUUACGUUUAAAUCAUACUGUAAACUGUCUGACGAGCUUGCAAAACGGGAGAACAAUUUGUCAGACCAUAUCAACAUUUUUGUGCGCAUAGCCUUUUCUAGUUGCAGUAUCUUCUCCAACCAACAGAAAUGACACUAAUAGGUGUAAACACUACAACACUACUCGUCUUAGGUUUCUCUUUGGCCCUACAACGCAAUAAAAGGUAUAGGUGGAUUUUACACACAGGGAUAACUCUAUAAUAAGAUGAUUUGUAAACUGUGAUGGAGUGAUGUGUGAACUAAUGUGCUUUACUGUAUUUCACUGCUUCAUAUCUCAGAUUCCUGAUUUCACUCAAAUCCUACACACAUCUGUUGCCAUUACCACUGUUUUAUCAAAACACUGAUUUGCAGCUGUUUGCAAAAGUUCUUUUUCCUUUGAUUACUUGAUUUAUUGUGUUUACAUUUGUGAGACUUUUUUUUUGUCACAGCACUGACACGUAGUAAUACAGACAUCAUUUCAUAUCAACAGUAAGGUACAGCACACACACUUGGCUCAAAGUAUCAACCUUUUUUCAGGAGCUGUACAUGUUGCAGGUAGUUUUUGUACUAGUUUAAAUCCAGAACAGAUGUGAACUUGACUAAAAUCUCUUUCUACAUGAUUUAAUUAAUAACCUGACUGAUGUGAUUGUUCCUCUGUACGACUGUUUCUGAGCUGCCUUUGCUCCAUGUUUUAGGGAAACUUAGUCAUGACGCUGUCUCCUUGUGUAAAAAGCACGGCAAUGGCAAACAUUCAAAGACAAAAAUGUGUAUUUAAUGUGAACUUAUUAGCAAAUGCAAACUGAAGCAAUUCUUAAUUUAUUUUAGGGGUUUGAGGUUUUCAAAGGAAACCCAUAUGAUCCCGUAACAUCUCCACCUUUCAGCUUUGCUCUACUGUAAAAUCCAGUAAAGCUGUUUUAUUCUGAUGUUUGACCCUUGUCAUCAGUUCAAAAAUGUGUUUAAAAUCCAUUUUAACACAUGCAAAUUGAGAAGAGUGUUUUCUUUUACGUGUUCACAAACUGUCUUAGGUUCUUUACAUCAUUACUGUUUUCAUGCUCUGUCUGUGUCGGAGAUUUAGAUGGAGGAUGAGGUGCUUUUCUGAUCGGUCUUUAAUUCUUGAUAGCCAUGACGAUGUCUUUUCUCUUUACUGGAGUUCAUUCUUUCCCAGGUUGUUCAUCUGCUUUGAGGACGUUGACUGAAUACCAGCCACUGAACAAAAGAGUCUGACUAAUGUGAAGAGCUGUUUCUUCAACUGGUCUGGGACCCAGAAUGGAUCAAAUAGCAGGAGAAAUAUUAUGUCUUGACUGAAAUUGGUCCCCCUAACGAGGACAGUGGGUCCCAGGCUGAGAAUACUGAACUCUGAUCUCGAGGCUCCUGCUUUUUUUGGUGACUUACCAGACACGGGAAGUGUGUAGUAUGUGCUUCUGUGCUCCAUUUACACCGAGGACCUACACGUGAAAUAACCCUCAUACGCUCCCUCGCUGACUGAAUCCUCUAUCUGCAAUCUUAUAGCUGUAUUAAAAGGCUAACCUCUAUAUUGUAGUCAAUGGAUGUGUGUUGUUUGAAGUUGUGGUAUGUAUGAAAGUGAUCAGAUUCGGAUAUAGACUACUGUACGUUAUGUGUUUGCCUGUCUGCUGUUCAAAUAUUACUAAAUUGUGUAAAUAUUCUGUUGCCGUGUUCCUUUUCAGUCCUGUUUACCGUUAC